GUGGGACAUUGGCGCGGUUUAAUACAAACCCGAGAGUUUGUUGGUAGUGCGGUGUUGAAUUUUCCACUUGAGCAAUGUCGACACAUCAAAAAUACACAAGUGAAAAUGAUGCCAAACACGACGAGAACAGGAACAAAGGCCCCUCAAGAUGGUCCAGCUGUAGGAAACGCGGUGCAGAUGGUAGUCUGAGAAGAUCUCACCCUAAUGAAGAGGAGAACAAAGAUCAGAGAUGUUCACAGAGACCAGAAAGUUUCACAACCCCAGAGAGUGAAGGGCCUGUGUCCAGAGUAAAAAACUGGGGUGAUGAGGUGGAGGCUGAGGAAAUGCGCUCAAAUGUCCACCGUGACAUGCAUCGAUAUAGAAGAAGAAUUCUUGCAUCAGAUUUUCCCCAAAGAGACAGGAAAAUCUCAUCUGGAAGUUCAGACUCCAGAGAUUCCAAAGACUCUCCUGCUAAAGGUGACAUAGAAACAGAUGAGACGACGCUCCUGAGAAGACAGAAACAGAUCAUCUAUGGGAAAAACACUCUCGCCUAUGACAGAUACAUCAAAGAAGUUCCCAAGCAUAUGAGAGAGUCAGGUGUUCAUCCAAGGACUCCAAACAAGUUCAAAAAAUACAGCCGACGUUCCUGGGAUCAGCAGAUUAAACUCUGGCGGGUCAGUCUGCACGCUUGGGAUCCCCCUGCAGAAGAGGGAAGUGAACUACAGCAGAUAGAGGAAAUUGAUCUUGGUGAAAUUAUGGAUUUUGACUUUGAUGUGGAGUGUUCAGCAGAUACAGAGACUGCAUCCCACUAUCCAGUAUCCAAUGGAGCGUCAUUGUCUUUGCAAGAGGAUUCGUUCACAGGCACUCCUAAAAAGAUGAUGAAAACUGAGGAUGCUGAAAUGGCAUGAGCACACCGACAUCUCCAGGCUCUAUUAGAAAGCUGUUUUAUUCCACUGUUUGUCUCACCGUUUGUUUGAUUAUUAUUGUGAAAUAACGGAAACAGGUUUUGGCGUGUCUGUAAUGAGGCAGGGUUUUGCCAUGAUCACAGAAUUCAACAUGUUCUUUAAACCCACACUUUUUAGGCCUUUGCAAAAGAAAAUGUAAAUGUAUAUUUUGGACUUUAAUUUGUAUGAUGCUAAUCUAUUUGACGGUUGGUGAUAUUCUUUUGUAUUUAUCAGUUUAUUUGUUCACUUCAAAUUUCUGCUGUUAUAAGUUGUUUGUGGUUUUAAGUGCAUUUUUUUAAUUUGCCUUUUGAUCAUUGUUCAUUUGUAUUUUAUGCUAACUAUUUUGAAUAAAAAUGAAACUAUAA